GUAUGUGUUAUUAUUUUUGCUAAAUUAUUUUUUACAAUUUGAUCCCACUUAUAAAAAAGUGAUUAAACGGAUCAAAUCAUUCUAUCCGUGCUUUUUGCAACGAUUUAACAAAUUUUUGAUGUUUUUUACAACAGAUUAAUGAGUUGGUGGUUUUCUACCAACCUAGCCGCAAAUGUGGUGGUUUCUUGCCAUUGACCCCCGUGCGGCAGGCCUCCUCCACAUACAAACGGACGCCGCGCCCCCGCCGUCUCUCCAUGGCGCCGCCCCUGCUCCUCCCUUUCCCCGCCCUUGACCGACGCUCACCGAGCUCCCCACAGCCCCCAUGGCGCCGCCGCUUCCUGCUGGAUCUCCUAAACAGUCGCGGGCUGGGCGGCGGCGCCACCCCCGGAUCUGGAACGGGCUGGGCGGUGUGAACAGGAGCAGCGACGGCCGUCGCUGCCUCUAGUCGGUUGGCCGGGGGCGCGACGUCCUCCGGUAGUUGACCAGCGCGGGGAAGUUGGCGGUUGGUGGCGGACGUUGCCGGCGAUUUGAACUACGCGAUAGCUUAUCAGCUGGACCAGGUACUCAUUAUACAUACUCCUAUUAGAAAAGGGAGGAAGGUGGAACGAAGCAGAAAUAGCAUCAGCUCCAUGUCGUCAUUAUGUGUGCGUACAUGGAAACGAUGAGAGAAAUCUCCAACAUGUGCGGCCUACCUUACUACAUCAUGUCGUCACUAUGUGUGAAGACCCACCGCUUGUCCGCAGUAAGCAUGUUCGUUGGUUCAGACUCGAUCCGCCUGCAUAUGCAAUGUUGUCAUGGUGGCAACAGGAUGUGAUGGUUGUCAAGCAACACGUCAACCUUAAUUAGCAAGCCGCCUAGCCAGCAUGAGGACUGACAUCUUUUCCCCAUGGAGUGUCUCCGCCUGACGUCCGUUUCGGGCGCCGCAUGCGGCAGGCUGCAGGCGGCGGCGGCGGCCGUCGCUCUCAGGACAGCGGCCAACUCUGACGAGCUCCUCGCCCGCCUACUCCAUCAUGGCAGAAACCUGGUGUUGGACAACACUGACAUUCAGCAACCAGAUGAUGCUGCUGCUGAAGCUCACUUCUUCCUUCCCAAUGCCAAUUUGAAAGAACCUGCUGAGAAAAUGGUCAAUGUCCACAGACCUCUUUCUGAUCUUCACCAUGAAAUGGACGAUUUCUAUCCAGUUUGUUCUGUGAUGCCCAGCCAGAGUAUUACUGACAAGAAUCACAAUGUCAUAGUUACUCUGGAUCACUCUCAGCAAUCAAAUGCUAAUCCCUCCGGUAAAAAAUGUGUGAUAAUUACGAGCAGACGUUUCACUUCCCCUGUUUCUGCUGCUGACACAACUGCAGAAGCUCCACUU